AUGCAAGUCCAGUGGACGACGCCGAGAAAAGCCCUCGCACCGAGGAACAUUCCCCCGAGAAGGACAUCCAGGCAGGGACCAUCCACAACCUGGACCAAGGCGAGGUCUUCCUCCGCCAGAACGGCUUCACAAACGACGAUAUCCAACGCUUCCUCAAUGACACCGCACGCAAGAAAGCUCUCGUCCGCAAAGUGGACCUGCACAGGCGGCCUGUUGACCUUUGGCAUUGGGCAGAUCAACGGGAUCGCCGUCUGGAGGGCGAUUUUCCUUAUCCUUGGAGGCAUCACGAUCCUCUGGGGUGUAGUAGUCCUCAUCUUCCUCCCGGACAAUAUCUUGUCUGCUAGACUGUUCACACCCGAGGACAAGGCGCUGCUCGUCGGUCGUGGUCGGCUUGCUCGCACUGGUAUCCUAAACCACCAAGUCAAAUGGUACCAGAUUCGGGAGGCGUUUACAGACCCCCAGGUGUGGAUUAUUUUCCUGUUUAUGUUGCUGAAUGAGACGAUGAAUGGUGGCAUUGCCAGUUUCAGCAAACUUAUUAUCAAGGGCCUCACGGGCGAUAGUCUGAUGACGGUUGUGCUGGGGAUCCCAUUCGGCGCAUUCCAGAUCUUCUGGACCCUUUCCGGCACGUUCCUCGCCUCGCGCAUCCCCAAUCGUCGCACCAUUGUGAUGGUCAUCUACCUCCUCCCUACCAUUAUCGGCGUGUGCAUCAUGUGGAAGCUCUCCCACGAGACGCAGAAAAUCGGCGUCCUUUUCGGAUACUACAUUGUCGGGGCGUAUGUGUGCUCCCUGGUUCUGGCGCUCCAGAUGCCAGCUACAAACCUAGGGGGGUAUACCAAGCGUGUUACCAGGGUUGCUCUCGUGUUCCUGGCAUACUGCGCUGGGAAUAUCAUUGGCCCACACGCGUUUCUGGCCGAGGAGGCACCGAUAUAUCAGACGGGGUGCAAGGUUAUCUUGUCCUGUUCUUCGGGGCAGGCUGUGUUGGCCUUGUGCCUGCGGUUCUUGUUACUCCGGCGGAACAAGCAACGGGAUGCUGCUGCUGCUGCUAGUGCCGCUAUCACUGCUGAUUCAGGUACGGCGGGAGAGCAGGAGUCGGAAGACCUCACGGAAUUUGAGAACCCUCGAUUCCGAUACGUGCUUUGA